AUGUUUAGGUGCCACCAAAGAGGAUGUUCUUUUGUAUGUCUAUCAAUCAAUGACUACCUAAGACACCUAAGAGUUGUGAACCAUGAUAAUUUUUGCUGCUUUUGCUGCUAUGAGGGCUGUACUGCUGGAGAAUUUCACACUGUAGCUGCUUUCAAGUCUCAUAUAUAUCGUACACACUAUGAUCGGAGUGAAGACAAUCCAGAACUCAUUCAGGCAAGUAGCUCCACAGAUAUUGCCAUCAGCACAGUGAAUCAUCCAGUAACCGCAAUCAAUGAUGAAACUCAAGAUGCUAUAGUUAACCCUGACUUAGAGGCAGAUAUCAAUAGACUCAAAGGAAUUGAUGUUGUUGAACAAAAGAGGUCAUCUGCUUUAUUUCUUUUAAGACUCAAAGAAAUCCAUCACAUUCCUCAGGUUGCUGUUGAUUCUGUUGUUCAUGGCUCACAAGAACUUUUUCAGCAAACAGUCCAGCGGCUGAAAGCUGGAGUUCGAUUGAAACUUGCCGAAGCAGGGAUUGAAGAAAGCUUAUCUCAGGAAAUCAACAGUGUUUUUGAAGACUUGAUGGAUCCAUAUACGGGGCUUGAAACGGAGUAUCUACAAAAUGCAUAUAUUCGUGAAACAUUUAAAAUCCCCGAACCUAAAGAAAUAAAAUUAAAUAGAUGCUAUGUCAGUAAGGGCUCUGGAGAGAAACGUUCGUAUGAGCUUCAGUGGUCAACUUUUCAUUAUGUCCCUAUUAAAGAAACGCUUACUAUGAUUCUCAAUGAUCCUGAAAUAAAACGUGCGAUUUUAGACAGAAACGUACCAGUUGAAGGUAUUUACACAGACUUUUCAGAUGAAUCAAACACCAAGUUUCACCCUGUUAUAGCUGAGCACCCAAAUUCUUUGCAAAUUGUUGGAUAUUAUGAUGAGCUUGAAAUAUGCAAUCCGUUAGGCUCUAAAGUGAAAAAACAUAAAUUAGGUUUAGUAUUCUAUACUAUUGCUAAUAUUCAUCCAAAAUAUAGAUCGAAUUUUAAGGCUAUUUUCUUAUCUACAAUCGCUAAUGUUACAUUAAUUGAAGAGAAUGGGAUUGAUGCAGUGCUAAAACCAUUUGUUGAUGAUCUAAAAACUUUGGCAACCACUGGAGUAUCUAUAGAAGGUUGUGAAGAACAAGUGCAUGGAGCUUUAAUCGCCUUUUUAGCUGACAAUUUAGCUAGCCACACUGUAGGAGGUUUCAAAGAAUCAAUGUCCUUUGCCAGGCAUUUUUGUCGAUCCUGUAUGGCAACAAAAGAAAUGGCAAGCAGAUACUUUACAGAGGAUGGGUUCAUUAUGCGUACACAUGAUGAGCACAUGAAACAGUGUGCUGAAAUAGAAAAAGACCCAUUGCUUUCAGUUAACUAUGGCAUAAACAGAAAUAGCAUACUAAACGCUGUACCAGGUUUUUCCGUUGCUAGUGGCUUACCUCAAGAUGUUAUGCAUGAUCUCUUGGAAGGAGUAAUAAACUAUGAGUUUCGUUUAUUGUUAACUUAUUGCAUUCAACGCAAUUAUUUUACAAUCAUUCAAAUCAAUGAAAGAAUAAAGUCGUUUGAUUUUGGAUACUCACAAACUAGCACAAAACCUCCAGAAAUUUCUACUCGUUGUAUUACCGAACAAAUGAAAAUUCGCUAUUCAGCAUCAGAAAUGUUAACAAUGGCACACAUUUUCCCACAUUUAGUCAGAGAUAAAAUACCCGAGUCUGAUCAAAAUUACCAAUGUUUUCUGAUUUUAAUUAAAAUUCUUAAAAUAUGUCUUUCUCCUGUUAUCACUAACAGCUUAGUUUCAUUUUUGCGUGUACUAAUUGAGGAGCAUCAUCAUAUGUUUCGUGAUCUGUACUGCAAUGAAAGCUUUAUUCCGAAGCUACAUUUUAUGGUGCAUUACCCACAGCAAAUCAUUAGACAUGGACCACUGAUUCGUUCUUGGACAAUGCGUCAUGAAGGUAAGCUUAAUUUCUUCAAACAAGCAUCAAAAUCAAGUAAUUUCAAGAAUAUAACUUUGUCACUAGCAAGGCGACACCAACUCUGGCUUUUAUAUCAGUUUCAAACAAGUUCACUGCUUGACAAUGAAAUUAUAAGAGGCCCAAUUAUUCGUUGCAAUCAGCUAUGUGAAGAAGAGACUGAAACUCUAACUCUAAUAAAAAAUCACUUAACCAGCUGCUGCAUCAGCAAUCAUUCUCUUAUUACUAGGCUGAAAUGGAUUAAAGUAAAUGGCUUAAAAUAUUUGUUAAACAAUGCGUACCUUAUAACAGCUGUUGAAGAAGAUGAGCCUACAUUUAGCAAAUUGAUGGACAUCAUUUUAGUUGACUCAUCAAUAAUUUUACUACAAACACUGCAAUACAACAUAUUACAUUACUCAGAACACACAUUAUCUUACAGUAUUAGUCCUGGUCAAACAAUAGAGAUUUUUGAUCCUUUUAACUUAAAGUAUCCCUUUGUUCUUCACUCUGUUAAAUACUUAAGUGUUGAUCACAUCACUCUUCCUUUUUAUGUUAACUAA